AUGGCUUCUACAGACAAGCCUGCAGACACUGAAUACAGAUCAAGUUUAUCAACUCCAGCUCAGGCAGCUGGUGUUGAUUACUUUAAAUUUGAUGUCAUCCUGAGAUUUUUCUUGUUUGCAGCAUCACUGGUAUCUGUUGUGGUCAUGGUCACUGGUAAUCAAACCAAAUUUCUUCCCUUUCCACGGCCAGCCAAGUUCAGAUACUCACCAGCCCUUGUAUACUUUGUGGCUGCAUUAUCAGUUACUGGCCUUUACAGUAUCAUUACAAUUCUUGCAUCACUCUAUGCCCUUAAAAAUCCAGCCCUUAAAACGAAGUUGCUCCUCCACUUUCUCUUAUGGGAUGCGCUUAUAUUAGGGAUAAUAGCCUCAGCAACAGGCACAGCUGGGAGUGUAGCAUAUCUGGGUUUGAAGGGAAACGACCAUACCGGCUGGGUUAAAAUUUGCAAUGUUUAUGAUAAGUUCUGUAGACAUGUUGGUGCCUCCGUAGCAGUGGCUUUGUUUGGAAGCAUUGUGACAGUCUUGCUCAUUUGGCUUUCAGCUCACAGCAUUCAUAAUCGAGUCCCCAAGUAG